ACCUUGGUUGUUCCCGCAUGUAGAAGAAGACAUCACCGACUUUGUUGUUUUGAUCACACGUUUCUUAAUUUCACAAGGUCUGGUUUAAAUAGCAUGUGAGAUUUUUUUUUCAUCAAGUUUUUUUUUAAAUACAGCAGGACUUUUUAAAGACAAAUGUGCUCGAUGUUUCGGAACACCGUUUCACGUGCGUGUCUUGCUAGCUUGUGACGCAACAUUUUGCUAAUCAUCGCUUCUUGUUUAGUACAGCACAAUACUCUCCGUCGCAAUGGAUAAAUGCGUUUAAGUUCUUGGGAAUAUUGUAGGUAAAACUUGUAUUGCCUUUGCUCGAGCACAAUGGCGACCCAGAGAGCGCUUCCUCAGAGCAAAGAAAGUCUGCUACAAAACUACAACAAGAGGCUGAAAGAUGACAUCAGGUCCAUCCUGGACAACUUCACCGAGAUCAUCAAAACUGCCAAGAUAGAAGACGAGACGCAGGUUUCCCGAGCAACUCAAGCAGAGCAAGACCAUUAUGAGAUGCAUGUACGAGCAGCUAAUAUUGUUCGCGCGGGCGAGUCAUUGAUGAAGCUGGUGUCGGAUCUGAAGCAGUUCCUCAUCCUGAAUGACUUUCCCUCCGUCAACGACGCCAUCAGCCUGCAGAACCAGCAGCUGCGCUCGCUGCAGGAAGAGUGUGACAAGAAGCUGACCUCCCUGCGUGACGAGAUCGCCAUCGACCUGUACGAACUUGAGGAAGAAUAUUACUCCUCCAGGUACAAGUAGACUCCGACUCGCCACCCCCCCAUCCCACCACUGUCCUGCUCUCCCACCCUCACCAUUCUCCACUAAGCCCCAGAAGCCAUCACCAUCGUCAUCAUCCUCAUCAUCCACUUGUAGCUGUGUGUGAGUGGUGGAUAGACACUGCGAAGUCUAGUGACAUAGCGACCCUCCCUAUAAGAAUCUCGUGCCUCACAUUUUACUGCUCUAGAAGUGAGCAUGGUUGAUCUUAAAGAAGAUAAUGAACAGCAUAUCGGCAGGAUAAAAUCAGCUCUUCAAAUAUAAGACAAAAGCAUGUUUCUAUGUUUGGCGCCUUCUGUUUGCCGACUAGGAUGAUUGGCGUAGAUGAACCAUUGAACCACCUUUGAGCCAAAGCACAUAUUUUACAGAAGGGAAAAUCUCACAGUACUCUACCAAAGAGACAUGUCGCCAAAAGUAUAUAUACCCAAGUAAUUAUCUCAGUUUCUCACAAAUGUACUUCUUCGGUCUGUCAUCUGGGCCUGUUUGGCUGAACACAAAUCUAUCAUUCUGUUGUAUGAAUGGAAACAGGUCGAAACACCAGGCUAUUGUACCUUCUGCGAUCCAGUGGAAGCGCAUUCAAUUGUACUGCUUGACACUAUAUGAGCAAAGAUACAUUAUUCAUAGUAAAUUAAGUAGGGAUGUCCCGAUCAUGUUCUUGGAAAUAGGGUCCGGUCGUGUCAUUUUCAGCUGAUUGGAAAUGGGGGGCUUCCUUCCACGAGGAAGUGACGCUUUCUCGUGUAGCGUGCAUUGUGAGCAGACGUGUUUGUUGUGAUUUACGCAAAUGUGACUGUUUUUAUGUGAAAUUAUUGUGGUCUUCUGAGGUUGUAGCGUCAAAGUGAGCAUUCAGAUAUGCUCCUCUAAAUACAAUACUUACUGUUUCUUUGGAUCACAAACGCCACACUCAGCAUCAUUCAAAUCCCUUUUCUUCCCCCAGUCUGUGUACUACUUUGUGUAUGGCUCACACUGUGUAUCGGUUUUUACAUUGAGGAAGAAUUAUAUAGGUGCACUCAACUAAGUGUCUGGCAUUGGACAUGUUAUUAUUGUUAUAUAUACAGUAUAUAUUAGGUUGUUAUUUUAAUUCUUAUGCGACGCUUGCAUCAAAUUGUUUUAGAUUGGACUGUGUGUUGAAUCAACAGUAUGUUGUUCAUUCAAGGUGAAAAUCUAAAGUGACAAGUAGGAGAGACAUUUUGUUUUGUAAAUGUAUUUUCCUCCAAAUAUUGGUUUCCAUCAUGUGACUCAAGCUGUUAAAAAAAGUGUCAAUCUCACAUGGUUGAACAUGUGCCAGUUGUGCACAAGGAUCAUAAUGAUUAAUAAAUAGACAGGAAAAAAA